GGAUGUCUACGACGUGUGUUUUACCUGUAGCCACACUUUACCCAUGGCAUCCUUCAGUAAGUUUAUAUCAUGUAGACGACAGCCUGUGUGUGGCUCAGUGGCUCUAUUAUUAUUAUCUCCCCCACAGGUCCUACGUGACAACUACAGCAUGGCCAUCUGACCAGACCUGCCCGAAAGUGGCCGAAGCCCCACCCCUACGGCCCCUUCCCAACCACGCCCCCUCCCAGCCACGCCCCCUCCAAGCCACGCCCCCGUCAUGCGGGUGGCGGGCAGCAGGGGCAAGAGGAGGGUGGUCUCUCUCCUGCUGGUGCUCCUGCUGGCCCACCUGCUCCUACUGUUGCUUCUGCUGCUGCUCCUCCGCCGUGACCAGCCACCACUGGCCUCUCCUGCCGGCGACGACGACGAAGAGGUGGCUGUAGCGCCCCCAGCCCUCCCCCACACCAGGCUUAUUGGAAGCCCCAGACCGAGAGACUCUCCGUGUGUGGGCGUGGGCGGAGGGAAGACGUGGGCGUGGCAAGCCGUCUACACCGUGGUUAUUGAUGCGGGGGCCACAGCCACUCGCGCCCACGUCUUCUCCUUCCUUAGGUGCUGCAUAGAUAACACCUUCCUGCUGCAGAAGGAGGAUUACUUCCAGAUAGAAGACAGCCUCCUGCACUACGUCAACGCCCCUCACCAGUCAGUUGGGGAAGUUGCUUGA